AUGUGGUCUGCAGCGUGCGGUCAGAUUCUCUUCUCCCUGAGCCCUGGCUUCGGGACCGCCAUCACGAUGUCUAGCUAUACGCACCCCAAAGAGAAUGUGUUCAGGACUUGCAUGGUAGUGGCGCUCUCAAACUCGGCAUUCAGCUUAGUCGGUGGUUUCGCGAUUUUCUCGAUCGUUGGUAACAUCACGUACCGCAUCAACGCGGCUGGAGGAGUCCUUGACGAGGCUACCGGCCAGUUUGUUAGCACGACCGUGGCGGAGCAGGCGAAAGCGGGCCCUGGCCUUGCUUUCAUUGCGCUGGCUGAUGGUAUGAGGUCGUUCGGUUCUGGCACGAAUGUCAUGUCUGUCCUCUUCUUCAUGGUGUUGUUUACGCUGGGGCUCGAUUCAACGUUCGCUUGGGCUGAAACGUUCGUUUCAUACGUGGAGGACCGCAUUGCAUCCUCUAAGGUGUCUUCCAAGCCAAAGCGCUGCACGGUAGUCGGGUGCGUUUGCGCAGUGUUUUAUUUGGUCGGCUUGUUAUAUUGCACCCGCAUGGGGAACGAGCUUCUCGACACUGUGGAUCACUAUGCCGCCUCAUAUUUUCUCUUGUUUGGCGUGGCUGCAGAGGCAGUCAUGUUCACGUUUGAUUUCAGGUGGGAGCGCCUGGUCGCGCACGUGAAGGUGUCCACCAUGGGGAACCCCCGCACCCCAAACGGCCAGGACGUGGUCGGCUCCUUGUUCUGGAGGACAGUAAUCCCCACGACAUUGCCAGCAUUGAGCAUUCUUUUGUUCGCGUACACAUUGCGUGACGAUUUAUCAGCCGCAUACGGCGGCUACCCCAAUUGGAUGCUUGGCAUCGGCUGGUUCAUAUUGGCUUCCCUCAUCCUCGUGACGAUCCUGGUAGGCCUGUGGCACCUGAGGACCCAGGGCGCCGGCGGCCUGCCGCCGCUGCUGCACGCCGAGCUGGCACACCGCGGCGACGGCGCCGCCGGAGCGGACGCCUCGGGCGCUGGCGCAGCCACGGAGCUCGCGUGGCCCGCCUUGGACGCGGACGACGAGUCCGAGUCCGACUCCUCGACGGCGUCAUCGUCAUCCUCGUAG